AACACCAAUGUAUCUAGCCUGGUGCUGGUGUACUUUUCGGUCGGCAGGGAGGAGUCAGACGGCAGUUUCUACAUCAAAGUGACAUGUUUAUUGAAUUAACAGUAAUAUUACAACAUGUUUCGAUCUAUGUAUCCAUAAUGUAGUCCGUGCAUGUCGCUGACGUGAAGCUAUUGACCGAGAAGCUGAUAAUUAUCGAUAAAAGAUCGAAGGAAACUGACGGAACAGGAAGGCGGAACAAGUAAGUUGUGGUCGGUAAAGUGUCUUUCAACCAAGCGUCACCGUUUGAUCGUCUGCCUGUGAUAAUAAUCGAUUUCAGACGAUUAUAUCGAUGCUGUCAUGUGGAUUAUCGAUGUGUAAUGUGUUUUUAUAGCGCCCUUCUUGUAUUUUACCUGUUUCGGAAAAGCAACAAGUCCGACCGACUUAACUCGUCACGUCACGAAUAAACUUGCCGUCAUGUGCCCCGCUGUUUAAUCUCGAGCUUUUAUCUGGAAAAAUGGGCUUUAAACCACACAGGAGCCGCAUUAUUAUUGCUAAGAGGGGGCUAGUAUGUGAAAUGUAAGUCUAAAUAGUCCUGACAGUGUCCCGUUAUGCUUGUUUGAGGCUGUGUUUUAUUGUCAUUCCGCAGAUUCUUGUUCCGGCGCUGAGUUAGUGUCUGAAAUAGGAAAUGAGUCAUGUUCACUUUAAGGCCAUGUUUCAUCUUUAAUGUAACUUCGCCUCCCCGCUGCUGUCACUCUUCACACGCGUCUUUUUGCCCGAGAUGUUGAGGCUAAAACUCAACUGAGGCCUCCUCACUUUACUUAGCCACACAGGCCAAACCAAAUAUAAUGUUAAUUUUAUUACAUGACCUCUAAUUUUACAUUUAAGAAAAUCCUUAAGACCUCAUUUUCUUAGUGUGGGACUUCUACUUUCCUACAUCUUUGAAUGCAACUUCAGGCCCAAGGUAAAACCAAAACUGGGCCACAAAUGCUAUUGUUGUGUAAUUUCCCAGACAACUCUCACGUAUUACAUGUUUAAUAAGGGACUAAAAUAAAACUGUAACAGAAGACUUGGUAAAGGGAGGAGUUCACCAGCUUUACUGUGUUGAAUGUUGAUGGCCUCAGGCUGCAAAACAUUAAACGCAUCAAUCAAUCAAUCAGUCAGCCAUUGAAAAACUAUUAAGCCUGCAGGUUAUUUCUUUUGAAACCUUUUAAAUUAAUUGCCAUCAGAUAUAAAAAUUAAUACUUUGAUCAUGUUGAGAGUAAAAGGUACAUGUAUAGAUUUUUUUCCACAUGUGUUGGACAGUAUCCUGAUUUUGUUUCGGUAUUUCAGCAUUUUCUGUCAUUUAGUUGACCAACCACUCUACCAUUAGUGUUGUUUCUAAAAAAACAUUAUGAAAAGGUUACUUGGUAAAGCCUAUAACUGUUAGCCUCUGCCCCUAAAUGAUUGAAUCAGAGCUUUUUAAAUCCCAAAUGCCAGACAACCAAUUUAAGAAAAAUGACAGAACUUGUUGAGGUACUGAUAUUUGUCUCUGCUCAAAUUAUUCUAUUAAAAUUCAGUGAAAUAGGGGGAAAAAAAAAGAAUUAGUAAAACUUUUGUCAAACUUUCAAAUUCAACUUUGAUGUAUGGCACUUUUCAGACACACUUUUCAGACUAAAAGCAAUAAUUAAACAACAGCAAAACCCAGCCCUCCCACCCACACACUCACUUAUGGACCAACACACACAGAUACACACCCACUCUCACUCACCCACACAGACACACACACACAAGCACACACAAAGUGAGAAUUUAAGAUAUAUUGUUAAAGAGACAUGGCCUGAUACUGUGACAUUACGUGAGGAAAGAGCCACUUUUGGGAAACACUGGAGAUAAAGAUAAAAAUGGUAAAAAGAAAGAGUAAAACCUGAUGGACUAAAACAAGAAAAUAAUCUUAAGUGAACAGGUAAGUAAGAGCUCUUUACUAUGUAAAAGUGGUAAAAGAAGUAAAAACCUCUAUGAUGGGAAUCAAGAAAAAGACUAAGAACAAAAAUGUAUAAAGUGACAUAAAAUAAACAUUAAGAACUUCGAUUAAAAUGAACAUUUGCAAUAAGAGAAAUAUGAAAAGGCAGUCAGUGAAAAACCUGUCAUCACAAACUUUGACAUAUUUUGAAAUUUAUAUGAAGAUGUGUUACCGAAACAUCAGGCUCAGUAGAAGAUCUGCAUAUGAGUGAAAACUAGCAUUUCAAACUGCUCUCCUUUUUUCUUCUCUUUUCUUUAUUUAUACACAGCGUAGCAGAAGAAGAGACCAAAUCAUAACAAAGACUCUGUGCUGGCUGUUGACACAACCUUUUAACUUCAGCAGUAAAUAAUUCACCUGAAGCGUUCAAACCAAUCACCCGCCACUGCUACAUGCAACCAUGUCCUUGGCCCUGAAACAAGUCUUCAACAAAGACAGGACAUUCCGGCCGAAGCGCAAGUUUGAGCCCGGGACGCAGCGCUUCGAGCUGCACAAGAAGGCCCAGGCGUCCCUGAACGCAGGGCUGGACCUGAAGCAGGCCGUGCAGCUGCCCCACGGUGAGGACCUCAACGACUGGGUGGCUGUCCACGUUGUCGACUUCUUUAACCGCAUCAACCUCAUCUAUGGCACCAUCAGCGAUUCUUGCACCGAUCAGACCUGUCCUGUCAUGUCCGGGGGGCCCAAGUACGAAUACCGCUGGCAAGACGAGCACAAGUACAAGAAACCGACAGCGCUGCCAGCCCCCAAAUAUAUGAGCCUGCUCAUGGACUGGAUCGAGGUACAAAUCAACAAUGAGAACAUCUUCCCCACCAACAUUGGUAAGUGUGAGAUACACUACAGAUGGUGCUUUUAGACUUUGGUUCUUUAAAGUCUUCACUCCUGUCCAGAUUUAGAUCCAGCCCUCUUCAGACUUCAUAGAGGAGUGUUUCCACUAUUAGAAACUUUCUUUGUUGUGCAGGAUCUUAGGGGUUGGUCCAAAUUCAUGAGUCAUGCAGAGAACUCCCAAGCCACCACCCAUUCAUAGACAGUAAUCACAUACCUGUAACAUCAUUACUCUAAUUGGCAUUACAUAAUUUAGUUAAUUUUCUGCCCCUCGAGCACGAUUGCAUAAUGACCAGAGCCAAACCUUCGUCACAAAUCAAUUGUUCUUUUUUGAACAGCAUUCAAAGCUCCUCUCAUGUCUGACUAACAGUUAUAAGCAGUGACAGACAAAGACACUCGGGCGUUAGAGGUGAUGCUUCAUCUUUUUAUCCAAACUCGGGCACUGACUUUUACAAGGGUGGCAUAAAGUGUUAAGUGAAAAAAUACACGAAUAACCUUUAGUUAUCCUGUUCUGUUGGUCCACAAACAACUUUAUGUCCUCCAGUUUAAGUAUCAUACUGAUGUUAUCUUCCUGUGUAUUUUACUAACACAGCAAAGUAGCAAUACGACACACCUUCUUACCUUAAGUCUGUCAGGCUUCAAGGAAAUUUACAUUAGAGGAAAAAGUAACACAGCACGUUGCAGCACAGCCUAAAUAAUCGUUUUUUUUUAUACAAGCCCCGCCUCUCUCAAUGCAAGAAGGCCAAUCAGGGUUUUAAAUGCUCAUAUCAGCAAGUUUCAGUCGGUGUGAUGGGAUCACUCACAUAUAAGAGACUGUAAGUUGAUUUAAAACAGGAAGAAACACUGAUGUUAUAUUAAGAUUUCUUAAAAACUGUUAUUUUUCGCUGCUUUUUUGCCUUAUUAGACAGAACACUUGUAGAGAGACAGGAAAUGAAGAGAGCAGAGGAUGACAUGCAGUGAUUAGUGAAGACUGGGAGUCAAACUAAGGAAUGUCUCUCUGUAUUUUAGGCCUGUGUCUUGAUCUCCAAGCCAAUCCAGUGCCCCACUUAGCUUUUAUUUAGAGUUCUGAUUGAUUGCAUCUAGUAAGACACAGAAUUAUGUUGAUUUUUACAAAAACAAGUAAAAUGGCCCAGGAUUUUACAAGAUGCAAAGAUUGUUUUAUUUUUACUUCACAUUAUUUCUCUGGUGUUUAUUCAUGUAUUUUCUCAAUUUAAUUCUUAAUCAAUUCAUUGGGGAUUUUUCCCCAUGUAAAGAAUAGUUGUUCCAGGUUAAAUAAUAGACUUGAUAGAAAUACAUUCUCAGGUUGUGGGUGCUGUGAAAACCCAGAUAAAGAACAUCCAAGUGUAGUCUGUGCAGCCAGUAACAGGUCAAACUAGUUACAGAGAUCAUGUGUGAUACAGUCUCUUAUUCAAACUAUCAGUUCAUCUCAGUUGGAAGAGCAGGCGCCCCGUUCACAGACGCUACAGCCUUUUAAGCGUCGAUGCUUUCACUCCUGGUCAUGGGUCAAAUAACAGAAAAUGCACAACUCCAAGUAAUAUGAGGGGAAGUGAACAAUCUGUUACACAUUCAUGAAGGACACACACAGUAACAGCAAACUCAGAUUUCCUUACAACAUGCAUAAUUAUUGUUUUCUCCAGGUAAUAGUUAUGCUUUAUUCUUAUCAGAUACUGUUUAUUGCAUUACGUAAAUUGUUUUCGUAAAAAAAUAGGUGAAAAUGUCUCUAUUUACUUUUCUUUUCAAUCUUUCAUUGGUCAGUUUAAUUAUACUGUGUUGGUAUGUUGAUGGUUUACAAGUCAGAAAGCCUCAGAAAAGCUGCUGUAAUGGGAAAAAAACUUGGUAUUUUAUGCAAUAAAUGACCUACAGGAUUUAUUGUUCUCCCACUGGACUGACCAUGUAAGCAGUGGUCACAAGAAAGAUUUGAAAAAGCCUCUUUAAUGAUUAACAUACUGUAUAAUGAACACAAAGCAAAUUACGAUUAGAUCUAGAUAAUUUCCUGCGAAGUGGAGGCGUCUAAAAUCUAAAGCUACUAUUCUUCAGAUAACAUAGAAGAGGACUGAAUGAUUCAAUCUGUAAGGCCACAUAUAUUGCGCAUCAUAAAUGCCAUCAGCUUAUCGUCUGCUGCUGCGGCAUUCUGGGUUUUGUCUUAUCUCUGUGUGCAUGCCCCGUGCCGUGGAUUGCCAUCUGACUAACUACAGAAACAUCCAAGCAAUGGAUUAAAAAAUGGGUCACACAAUGCACAGCAGGCUAAGAAUAGAAACGACCUCUGACGUGUCUGUCCCCUGGAACAGAUUCCUGAAAUAUCAUUGAAUUAGUCAAAGCAAAACGACAUUCUGAAUAAAUCGCCCGCUCAGAGCCGAGGCUUAUCCCUCAGAUAAAGUUGUGUUGAUUUUCCAUCACAAGUGAAGUGAGGCGGAUUCCCUAAUUAUGCCUGUACCCAGCCUGAGGACAGAAAAGGUUAAAAUAUCAAAGGUUGAUUCCAAUGUUCUAUGACAACUUCAUGAAGCACAUCGGCUUUUUAAAUGAAUUCUCGUCUGUGAAGCAAACAGAACAAAACUCAUGCUGGACUGACUGUGGUGCCCUCCUGUCUCCAUCUGUUUGACUCCCAGGUACUCCCUUCCCUAAGACCUUCAUGCAGGUGGCUAAGAAGAUUUUGUCGCGUCUGUUUCGGGUGUUUGUCCACGUCUACAUUCACCACUUUGACCGCGUGAGCCAGAUGGGGGCCGAGGCUCAUGUCAAUACCUGCUACAAGCAUUUCUAUUACUUUGUCACUGAGUUCAACCUGACGGACCACAAAGAGCUGGAGCCCCUGGUGAGUCAAAAAGGGGGGGGGGGGUCUUGACUUAAGCUUAAUGCACAAGUAUAAAUGUGAGUAGAAACCACAGAAAGCACUCUUGAAGUAGAUCUUUUUCUGGGAAAUUCGUGCUAGACAUGGACAAUGAUGUAACAUUUAAAAAUAAAUCGCUAAUAGUUUAUAACUUGCAAAUGUAAGUAUGUCUCAUCAAUUCCCCAAACUGUGGAGUGCAUAAAUGAACCUGACAGAUACAAAAUUUCUGAGUAUGAAAUUAAUAUCCGAGUGAUUAAAGAGCCUCUAUCUCUCUAUAUAAUUAUUUAUUGAUUUUUUUAUUUUAAUUUCUAGAUGCGCCACUGUAGAACACCUUUAGCGCCCCCUUGUUGACACUUGAUGUAAUUGAUUCUGUCUUCUGCUCAGCUCAUAUAUAGCGAAAGUAAAAUGGAGAGUCCAAAGUGAUUGUUAAUAAUGCUAAAUUCACCAUUAUAACAGUUUAGUUGUGAAGUACUGCUGUGACCUGGUAGACCAGUUCACAAUCAUUCAUGUUAGUCAGAAACCAAUCAAUGAAUGUUGGAAGUCCGCGUGGCCAGAUCAAAAAUUCAGAUCUUCAUUUUAAAUCAGCAGGAGGUACCUUAGUUAUCAACGAACAUGAGAUUACACGUGCCUCAUUCUAGAUAAACAGUUCUGGUUGGCCUUGCCUCAACUUGGCCAGGUGUGGAUUUGUUUGGCUCUUCCCAUGCAAAUAAAACACACACUUGUAUACAUACGACACCAAGGCUAGUGAUAGAGCUUUGAAACCCUGACCAUGAACUGAGAAUGAAUUUACUGCAUGUAAGCUGAAAUUAUAUCUCAUUUUGAUAAUAAUUUUUAAAAGCAGCAUGUAUGAGCGUGCAAAAGAACUACAGGAAGGUCUCAAUAUUUUUAGAAAUUUGGAGAUAAUAGACAAUUGGUAGAAAAGUGUGCUGCUGUCCUUACAGGCUUGUUUUCCAAACUGAAGUUCCCUUUAGUUUCAAUACAUUUAACCACACUGUGUUAAAUGUUCGUACUGGAUAUUUUCAGAUCUUUUUAACUUUCUGAUUUACAUUCAGCACUAGCAUUGCUUCUAGUUUUCUUGUCUUGUUAUACUUUCCUUGAAGGAGCAGUGUUCAGUACAAUAUAAUAUUCACAACUGUGUUUUAAUUAGUGUAUCAAGUCGCUACAGUAGAGUCAUUAAAGUAAGAAGAGAAGAGCCAACCUGACAAAUAUAGAGUCCAACUUGUCAUGCAGCCUCUUUUCCUCCUGCGUCAUUCACCAUUGAGAAGGGGUGAGCAAGGGAGCAUAAAUCUACAGUCUGACCCCAUAAUAAAACUCUAUAUUCACACUUGGACACUCAGGAUUUAUUUGUAAAUCUGUCCCUGUCACUGUUUUCCAAAAUAAUGACAUGUGGGGAUAUUUAAAGAAAGUACUUGGCUGCGUCCUAAAAUGGUUCACACUGAGAGGAGUGCUUGUAUUUCCUCCUCUGCUCUCAUUCACUGUCCUCUCUCUGUGUGUGUGUGUAUGUGUGUGUCUGCAGAAAGAGAUGACCUCUCGGAUGUGCCACUGAGGGAGCACUGAACCCGUUGACAUUCCGGACAAAAACAUCCGUCCAUCUAGACGACUGCAGCAGAGAACUUAAAGAACAAAUUCCAGAAAGAGUCUAUUUUUAUAUUUAAGUACUGUAAUCUAUUUUAGCCACAUACUGUAGGUUUAAAGCAAGAACCUUAUUUUAUGAGGCGUUCUGUUUCUUUAAGAAAAGUUUUCGACCUUUUAUCAGAGCACAGUAUUAAGAGGUGUAUGUUUUGUCUUGAUGUUUUUCUAUUUUAUUUGAAUUUCAAGCAUUCCUUCUGACUUUCUGUCUGUCUAAAAUUAUCUAAAUUAGUACGAUUUCUUACUGUAUGUCUAUAAAUUCGCUAUGUUGUUACAUUAAAAUCAUUCUUUACUCUAUAAUAACUUGA